AGCACACAGGAAACCUGGGUGUGGAAGAUAGGGACAUCAUACUCAUUUUUGCUGGAAUAUAAGGCAUUUGUCUUGUAUUUAUUUUCUUGUUUUUAUGUUUUUAAGAUUUGCAAGCCGUUUAGUAACAUGUACAUUUCAAUCUUGGAAGAGAAAGGUCCACUUGUCAUGUCUGCCAAGAAAAUCAUUUAGUGCCAGAGGCUGUGGCAGUUGGUGUAUGGCUGCUCUCAGAUGAAGUCCCUGUAGAGAGCGCCUGUGUGAACUUUAUUGUUUUUGGAUUUUUUUGAAAAGGAUAAAACUGGUAAGUCCCAGUCACCUCUAAUGAGGUCUGCCCUUUCACUGUGCUCAGAGACCCCAGAAGCAGCGGCAUGGAGAACCGACGCUGCCAGCACUCUCAACAGCCCAAUGCCCAGGCCCAAGAGGCCUCGUCUGGGCCCCAGUCCUCCAUGCCCCAGUCCCCUUUACUGUCUGGAGCCUCCUCCCUCAUCUCCCUUACCCAGACAGAGGAGUUCUUUGACCUGAUAGCCAGUUCCCAGAGCCGCAGACUGGACGACCAGAGAGCCAGUAUAGGGGACCGUCUGGGCAUCAGGAUAGCACAGAACAAUGUGGGACACUUGUGCGAGUCAUGUAGUCCACAGGAACCUAGUGACGAGUUUUUCAACAUGCUCGUUAAGUAUCAGUCCUCCAGAAUCAAUGAUCAGAGGUGCUCUUUGCCACCAGCACCAGACCCAGAUGAAGACUUCUUCUGCCUAAUUCAGAGAGUGCAAUCCAAACGUAUGGAUGAACAACGGGUUUCUUUUCCUUCUGAUGAAAAGGAUGAAACAGACUUAAAUUAUAAGUCCAAAACCUCUGAGGGCUCAAGCUAGAGACUGUGACACUUCUGAUACGACUUCCACAAAGUCUUCUGCAAACUCUGACUCUCUGGCUGCACAUUUUGCGAGAUCUUCAGAGGCUGGAAUUAGGGAGGAGUAAUAUAGGUUUAUUUUAAUUAGUAGGAUUAUAUCACGUUGAAUUGUUUCAUAUUUUUACAGACAAGUUACCCUGAGGUCAAUCCAAACUCAACAGAUGUGAUUCAGAGGGAAUGGAAACACUCACCUGUUUGUAUGUUCCAACAAUGGUUCUUUCACAAAAAUGUUUGUGCAGAUUUCAAGCAAAGCAGCACCAUGGAAAAUGAUUAACAUGAUGCUUUCCGAGGAUAAAAUUACUAACUACUGUCACACAACACAGUAUAGAUCAGUGUGACAAACAAUGGCAGCACAUAAUCUCCAAGCAGGUGCAUGUUCAUUUAACUCAAGUGGAAAGUGGGUUUCAGCACACCCUGAAUAUGAAUUAACUGAUUCCCAACAGAUGGGAGCAAUUGUAUUUGGCAUGACACUGAGGUUACAUGGCUCACGGAUCAGUUCAUUAGGUUGUCUAAUUCUGCUGAUAAGUAAUAUAAGUAAUACCAAUAGUAAUAGACUUCUUUCAGAAGAUUUAAGAAAAGCUAAAUCCAUCUUUAGCAUUAAAAAGUGCAUAUUGUUAGUCUGUGAAAAGUGGAUAGACUCGUUUUGAGGUGCACUGUUUAACAUGGUGGUUUU